UACUCGCGUAUGUACGAUUAACAAGAUGCGAUCCGAACUGUGUUAGUGCAGUCGAUGCGGGAAUUGUUUUCAGAGGACUGGAAUGCCGCUGGUUUGUCAAUAUUUUUGAAUCGAUCUCAAUGAAUUGCGGUGUGAAUUUUCAGUGUCAUCAUUGUACGAUGUGCGUGACAGUUCAACAGUAAAAAUAAAGCGGAAAUUGGAUACCGGAACCGCAGCGGAAACUACCAGGUUUUAGUUCAAUUGGCAUUCCCCUCAAUGUGGCGGUGAGGAUGAAAAAGUUCCAAACAAGGAUGGAAAAGAGUAUAGUGGCCGUAGUGGCUAUAUUAGCCACGAUAAAUUUCACUUACUCAGAGACAGUUUCGGUUAUACCCCACGAUGCACACCCGGGUUACAACGUAAAAAAGUUCUCCCCAGGGACAAAUCUUAGCUUUAAAUUAUUAGAUUCAGGAUUUUCUCAAUUUUUUACUAUGCUCGAAGAUGGUUCCAUAAUGACGGUUUCAGACGUCAGUCCCCUAGUGAACAGGCCCAUAGACCUCAUGGUAUUGGAGGAUAAGGGUAACGCUUCCGAGACUCAUCUCCUCCAGUUGUACGUCUUAGACAGGCGGAACAUCUUGAGUUUCAAGAUGGAAACUGAAGAGGAAAUCAUGGGACACAUAUCGGAGAACUCCAAGACAGGUACAAGAGUCAGUGGUAUCCCACUACUUCAAGCUGCCAGUGGUCUAAACUUAGUUCCUAUCACUUAUUCCAUAAUAGCCGGAAACACAGGUCAUGCUUUCGAGCUGCAAAGCAGUAUCGACAACCAAACCCUCUCCAAUAUCACCAUUUCGAAUUACACGGGUGGUGUGUACAUAGUUUCUGCUCAAGUUUUAGAUAGGGAAGAGACCAGCAGGUAUGUUCUGACGAUCCAAGCUUCCGACCCCAGUGACAUCAACAAAGCUGUGGUCAAUAUCGUUAUAGAGGUUGAGGAUGAGAAUGAUAACAGUCCUGUUUUUACGCAGAAAGUAUACAGGUUUGUGGUUGGUGAUGACUCGAUGGAAGGCGACAAUGUAACGACGGCUUGGAAGAGAUUUUCCUCGGUGGGUAAAGUUGAAGCUACAGAUGCAGAUGGCGACAAGAUCGCCUACAGGCUAGCUACACCUACUAACUACCUUGUAAUAGUACCACAAACCGGUGACCUCUUGCUUUCCGAAGAACCAAUCUACGAAACUGACCUCGAACUAAUUGUAGAAGCUCACGAUCUCAGGACACCAAGUAGAACUUCGCCUAGGCCGGCUCAAGUACUCUUCCAUUUCAAACCUCCAGAGCCUUCCAAGGUGGAGCUUGUCCUUGAUUUACAGAAACUGGAAGAACGCGAGAUGCAUAGGGCUAAAAGGAGGGUUACAAGGGCUGUGCGUCCUACGAAACGUAUAGAAUUUACGGAAACUGACGGUGAUACGGAAGGUAGAAACGUUUUUCAGCUAGAGAAAGAAACAGAUAGGGAGACCUUCAAGAUUCGCGAUGAGAACCCUUGGGUUACUGUCGAACCUAAUGGUGCUGUAAGGGUUAAGAAGAAGUGGGACUACGAGGAGUUGGGACCAGAGAAGACGAUCGACUUCUGGGUAACCAUCACCAAUGCAGAAAAAGGCGGAAUAAGAUAUACCGACAACCAGAGAGUCAUAAUCCACGUCAGAGACAUCAACGACGAGCCUCCCUACUUCAUCAACCGCCCCUUACCGAUGCAGGCGGUGGUGCAACUGAACGCCGCCCCCAACACCCCCGUCUUCACCCUUCAGGCCAGAGACCCAGACACCGAUCACAACAUCCACUACUUCAUAGUGCGCGACAGGACCGGCGGCAGGUUCGAAGUGGACGAGAGGUCUGGAGUUGUCAGGACGAGAGGUACGGACCUGUUCCAGCUGGACAUGGAGUAUGUGCUCUACGUCAAGGCUGAAGAUCAGAAUGGCAGGGUUGACGAGAGGAGGUUCCAGUCUACUCCUGAAGAACGGCUUUCGAUUGUUGGUGGCAAGAGGGCGCCACAGUUCUACAUGCCGAGUUAUGAGGCGGAGAUACCUGAAAAUCAGAAGAAAGAUUCGGACAUAAUAUCCGUGAAAGCCAAAUCUUUUGCUGACAGAGAAAUAAGGUAUACCUUAAAAGCGCAAGGGCAAGGAGCUGGUACUUUCAAUAUCGGCCCAACAUCUGGAAUUGUGAAAUUGGCGAAAGAAUUGGAUUUCGAGGACCUGAGGCAACCUCAUGUUUAUUCACUCACUGUUACUGCUACCGAGGAUUCUGGUGGAUUUUCUACUUCGGUGGAGUUAACUAUACGAGUCACCGACGUAAACGACAAUGCACCAAAGUUCGAACUACCAGAUUACCAAGCUCACAAUGUGGACGAAGACAUUCCUCCUGGCACCAGCAUCCUCAAGGUCAAAGCAAUGGACGCAGACAGUGGUGCUAACGCAGAAAUCGAAUAUCUGGUUUCUGACGACCAUUUCAGUGUGGAUCCAAGCGGCAUAAUAUCCAACAACAAACAAUUAGACGCCGAUAACAACAAUGCCUAUUAUGAAUUCGUCGUAACAGCUAAAGACAAAGGUGAACCAGCUAAAACUGGAACGGCAACUGUAAGAGUUUACACCAAGAAUAAAAACGACGAAGAACCAAAGUUUUCUCAACAAGUAUACACUCCUAACGUUGACGAAAAUGCAGGUCCCAAUACUUUAGUAACUACAGUUGUAGCAUCAGAUAAGGAUGGAGACAAUGUGAGAUUUGGUUUUGUUGGUGGUGGUACAAGUGCCGGACAAUUUGUAAUAGAAGAAAUAACUGGUGUCAUAAGAUUACACAGUAAAUCAAUAACUUUGGACAGAGACAAGUAUGAAUUGAAUGUGACAGCCAUGGAUGACGGCGCUUGUUGUGUGAAUGGUGAAUCCACAAUUCACACUAGCACAGCUGUUGUGGUGGUAUUCAUUACUGAUGUAAAUGACAACAAGCCAAUAUUCAAAGAUUGUGGCACUUACUAUCCAAAAGUAGAGGAAGGUGCACCAAAUGGUUCACCUGUAAUAAAAGUACACGCCACUGACGAAGACAAAGGUGUGAAUGGACAAGUUAAAUAUUCUAUAGUACAACAGCCAAAUCAAAAGGGUACGAAAUUCACUGUAGACGAGGAGACUGGAGAAGUGACUACCAACAAAGUAUUCGACAGAGAAGGAGAUGAUGGUAAAUUUGUAUCUAUCACUGUCAAGGCUACUGAUCAAGGCGAACCGUCAUUAGAAGGAGUUUGUUCGUUUACUGUUGAGAUAACUGAUGUUAAUGAUAAUCCACCGCUUUUUGACAGACAGAAAUACGUGGAAAAUGUCAAGCAAGACGCAAGUAUAGGAACAAAUAUUCUCAGGGUAUCUGCAUCUGAUGAAGAUGCGGACAACAAUGGUGCCAUUGUAUAUUCACUUAGUAGUGCAGAUAGCCAGAGAGCUGAUCUUGAGUACUUUGAAAUACAACCCGAAUCAGGGUGGAUAGUUUUGAAAAAACCUCUAGACCGGGAGACCUACAAGUUGGAGGCCACUGCCCAAGACAAAGGCUUUCCCCCCUUGUCCCGAUCUGUGGAGGUGCAGAUAGACGUGGUGGACCGCGCGAACAACCCUCCCGUCUGGGAUCACGUGGUGUACGGUCCGAUCUUCAUUCGGGAGAACCUCCCGGUCGGGGCUAAGGUUGUGUCAGUCAAGGCAAGCUCCGGAAUCGAGAACAAUCCAACGGUAUUUUACCGUUUGAUGCCUGGAUCUACUGCGCAGACGAACAAGUUUCACACCUUCUAUUUGCAACAGAGGCCUGACAAUGGUUUUACAUGGGCUGACAUCAAAGUCAAUCACCCACUUGACUAUGAAACUAUAAAGGAAUAUAAUCUUACCAUACGUGUAGAGAAUAAUGGGGCACAACAGUUGGCUUCUGAAGCAACCGUUUACAUUCAAUUGGAAGAUGUGAAUGACGAAAUACCCCUUUUUACUGAGAGAGAACAGGAAACAGUGUUAGAAGGAGAACCCAUAGGAACAAAGGUCACUCAAGUGAAUGCCAUAGAUAAGGAUGGAACUUUUCCUAAUAAUCAGGUGUAUUAUUAUAUCGUGGAUUCUCCGCGUAAUGAAGGCAAAGACUUUUUCGAAAUAAACAAAGAAACGGGCGAAGUGUUCACGAAAGUUGUUUUCGAUAGGGAGAAGCAGGGAGCUUACGCUCUCGAAGUGGAGGCUAGAGAUGGGGCACCUUCUGCCAGACCGAACAGCGAUAACGAGCCAAAUUCAGUCACCAAAUUCAUUCGAAUUGGAAUCGCUGAUAAGAAUGACAAUCCUCCUUAUUUUGAUAAGGCCUUAUACGAGGCGGAAGUCGACGAAAAUGAAGAUAUUCAACAUACCGUACUUACUGUCACCGCCAAAGAUCACGAUGAAUCAUCUCGUAUUCGAUACGAGAUCACAAGCGGUAACAUAGGAGGAGCCUUUGCUGUCAAAAAUAUGACAGGCGCUAUUUACGUGGCAGGUGCAUUAGAUUACGAGACGAGAAAACGGUAUGAGUUACGUUUGGCUGCGUCGGAUAACCUGAAAGAGAACUAUACGACCGUUGUGAUACACAUCAAAGAUGUCAACGACAACCCCCCAGUCUUCGAAAAACCUACCUACCGAGCUCAGAUCACAGAAGAAGACGACAGGAACUUGCCGAAGAGCGUUCUAAGGGUUAUGGCCACGGACGGAGAUAAAGACAGGCCUCACAACAUCGUCUACUUCCUGACAGGCCAAGGCAUCGAUCCGGACAAUCCUGCCAACAGCAAAUUUGACAUCAACAGAACCACUGGGGAGAUAUUUGUACUGAAGCAACUCGAUCGAGAUCAGCCAAACGGUCGACCGCAGUGGCGUUUCACAGUUUUCGCCCAAGACGAAGGAGGAGAAGGUCUAGUAGGCUACGCCGACGUUCAAGUGAAUCUCAAGGACAUCAACGACAACGCCCCCAUAUUCCCUCAAGGUGUCUACUUCGGCAACGUGACAGAAAACGGUACAGCAGGUAUGGUCGUCAUGACAAUGACAGCUGUGGACUACGACGACCCAUCUGAAGGCACGAACGCCAGGCUCACGUAUUCCAUAGAAAAGAACGUGAUAGAAGAAGAAACGGGCUCUCCGAUAUUCGAAAUAGAAUCAGAAACUGGCGUUAUCAAAACCGCAGUGUGUUGCUUGGACAGGGAAAGAACUCCAGAUUAUUCGAUACAAGUGGUCGCGAUGGACGGUGGUGGAUUGAAAGGGACAGGUACCGCGUCAAUUCGCGUCAAGGACAUCAACGACAUGCCGCCGCAGUUCACUAAAGACGAGUGGUUCACAGAAGUGGACGAAACGGACGGUACUGCUCUACCCGAAAUGCCAAUUUUGACGGUGACUGUACACGACGAGGACGAAACAAACAAGUUCCAGUAUAAGGUCAUAGAAAACAGCGGGUACGGUGCUGAUAAGUUCACAAUGGUGAGGAACAACGACGGUACGGGAUCGCUCAAGAUAGUCCAACCUUUAGACUACGAGGAUUUGCUCCAGAGUAACGGAUUCAGGUUUAGGAUACAGGUGAACGACAAGGGCGAAGAUAACGAUAAUGACAAGUAUCACGUGGCGUACUCUUGGGUUGUUGUCAAGUUGAGAGAUAUCAACGACAACAAGCCUCAGUUCGAGAGGCCGAACAUAGAAGUUUUGGUUUAUGAGAAUGCGGAGGUUGGUAAGAGUUUGGAAACGUUCAAGGCUACUGAUCCUGAUCAAGGUGGUAAGAGCAAGGUUUCUUAUGCCAUUGACAGGACUUCGGAUAGGAAGAGACAGUUCUCGAUCAACCAAGAAGGCACUGUCAGUAUUCAAAGAUCGCUGGAUAGAGAGGAUACUCCAAGACAUCAGGUUAAAAUCCUGGCGAUCGAUGAUGGCAUUCCUCCCAAAACAGCAACAGCCACCCUUACUGUCAUAGUACAAGACAUCAACGAUAAUGCUCCUACGUUCCUAAAAGAUUACAGACCUGUUUUGCCGGAACAUGUUCCUCCUAGGAAGGUGGUAGAACUGUUGGCCACCGAUGAUGACGAUAGGUCUAAGAGCAAUGGACCUCCAUUCCAGUUCAGGUUGGACCCUGGUGCUGAUGAUAUCAUAAGGGCUUCGUUCAAGGUUGAGCAAGACCAAAAGGGAGCAAACGGCGACGGCAUGGCAAUCAUUUCCUCUUUGAGGUCGUUCGACCGGGAACAACAGAAAGAAUACCUAAUCCCCAUCGUUAUCAAGGACCACGGUAAUCCAGCGAUGACCGGAACCAGUACCCUGACCGUAGUUAUAGGGGACGUCAACGAUAACAAGAUGCAACCCGGCUCCAAAGAGAUCUUCGUCUAUAAUUAUCAGGGUCAGUCCCCGGAAACGGAAAUAGGCCGAGUCUACGUCUACGAUCUGGACGACUGGGAUCUACCGGACAAGAAAUUCUACUGGGAGGGUCCGGACCACCCACGUUUCAAACUGAACGAAGAUACUGGCAUGAUUUCGAUGCGGCAGAACACUCGGGACGGUAAAUACCACUUGAAGUUCAAAGUUUACGAUAGAAAACACACACAGACAGACGUGCCUGCAAACGUGACCGUUACGGUUAAGGAAAUACCGCACGAGGCCGUUGUUAACUCGGGUUCCGUUCGCAUUGCCGGAAUAACAGAUGAGGACUUCAUCAGGAUCUGGGACUACAAGACCCAGAGUUUAUCGAAGAGCAAGGCGGAAAAGUUCAAGGAUAAGAUAGCCGACCUGCUGAAUACCGAUAGGGAAAACGUCGACGUGUUCAGCGUGCAGUUGAGAAGGAAGCAUCCCCCUGUUACCGACGUUCGAUUCUCAGCCCACGGUUCACCUUACUACAAACCGGUGAGGUUGAACGGGAUAGUUUUGAUGCACCGAGAAGAGAUUGAAAAGGAUGUUGGCAUUAACAUAACGAUGGUAGGCAUUGACGAGUGCCUUUACGAAAACCAGAUGUGCGAAGGGUCUUGUACGAACACUCUUGAUAUCAGUGCCUUACCCUAUAUGGUUAACGCCAACAAGACUUCUCUAGUAGGAGUACGCGUCGAUGUCUUAGCAGAAUGCACUUGUGGAGCUAGAAAUUUCAGCAAAGAAGAGAAUUGUCGCAAUAAUCCAUGCUACAACGGUGGUAGAUGUAUAGAAACCAGAUACUCGAUAUCAUGUUCGUGCCCAGCAGGUUAUAACGGUCCCAGAUGCCAGCAGACAUCGAGGAGCUUCCGAGGUAGCGGUUGGGCCUGGUACCCAGCCUUGGAAAUGUGUGACAAGUCACAUCUUCACUUCGAGUUUGCCACAAGAAAACCUGAUGGACUUUUAUUAUACAACGGACCAAUAGUCCCACCAGAAUCUGAUGAAACCAUGGUAUCCGAUUACAUAGCAGUGGAACUCGAACGCGGUUUCCCUCGACUACUCCUAGAUUUUGGAUCAGGAACCUUAGAACUCAGGGUGAAAACCAAGAAGACUUUGGACGAUGGAGAAUGGCAUCGGCUAGACAUAUUCUGGGACACCGAAAACGUGAGAAUGGUCGUGGACUACUGUAAAUCAGCUGAUGUUGCCGAAUUAGAAGACGGAACCCCGCCAGAAUUCGACGAUAGUUCAUGCCAAGCCCAAGGCACGAUUCCACCCUUCAACGAGUACCUCAACGUGAACGCACCCUUACAAUUGGGCGGUUUGUACGUUGAACAAUUCGAUCCCACGCAUUACCACUGGCAAUACAUGCCUGUGGGGAAAUCUUUCGACGGCUGCAUCAGAAACCUGUUCCACAACUCGAAGUUGUACGAUUUGGCGCACCCUGGACUGUCGAGAAAUAGCGCCCAUAGUUGCCCCCAAGCUGAUGAUAUGUGCGGGAGAACAGAAUCAACGGCAAGAUGUUGGGAACACGGAGCGUGUGUGGGUAGCUUUAACGAGGCGAAGUGUCAGUGUAAACCCGGAUGGACGGGUCCAUCUUGUACCAUUCCAACCAUACCUACAACUUUCAAACCACAAUCUUACGUCAAAUACGCCCUUAGUUUCGAACCUGAUCGUUUCUCCACACAAAUCCAACUCAGGUUCCGUACCAGAGAAGAGCACGGUGAACUAUUCAGGGUUUCUGAUCAGCACAACAGAGAGUAUGGUAUUCUAGAGAUCAAGGAUUCUAGACUAUACUUCAGAUACAACCUCAAUUCUUUGAGAACCGAGGAAAAAGAUAUUUGGUUGAGUGCAGUAGCAGUAGACGAUGGUCAGUGGCACGUAGUCAGAGUUAACAGAUACGGAUCUGCAGCUACGCUUGAGUUGGAUGGUGGAGAAGGUAGAAGAUACAAUGAGACCUUCGAAUUCACUGGACAUCAAUGGUUGCUUGUUGAUAAGCAAGAGGGAGUUUAUGCCGGUGGAAAGGCUGAGUAUACAGGAGUUAGGACGUUCGAAGUUUACGCAGAUUAUCAAAAGGGAUGUUUGGAUGAUAUCAGGCUUGAAGGAAAACAUCUUCCACUUCCUCCAGCCAUGAAUGGAACACAAUGGGGACAAGCAACGAUGGCUAGGAAUUUGGAGAGAGGUUGUCCAUCUAAUAAACCAUGUGCAAACGUUAUUUGCCCCGAUCCUUUUGAAUGUGUUGAUUUGUGGAACGACUAUGAGUGCACCUGCGGGGAGGGACGUGUUAUGUCCCCUGACAACAAAGACUGCAUGGACAAAGAUGAAUGUCUGGAUCUGCCUUGUCUCAAUGGAGGCACUUGCAUUAAUCUGGAACCUCAAUUGAGAUACCGCUGCCACUGUCUCGACGGGUUUUGGGGAGAAAACUGCGAGUUAAUCCAGGAGGGUCAGACCCUCAAACUCAGUAUGGGAGCUUUAGCGGCCAUUUUGGUCUGCCUGCUCAUCAUUCUAAUACUUGUGUUGGUAUUUGUGGUGUACAACAGACGGAGAGAGGCUCAUAUCAAAUAUCCAGGACCUGAUGACGAUGUCAGAGAGAACAUCAUUAACUACGACGAUGAAGGAGGCGGUGAAGAUGACAUGACCGCUUUCGAUAUAACACCCUUACAGAUACCUAUAGGUGGGCCACAUCCAGAAUUAGCGCCUCCUAAAUUAGGAUUUUCGAUGUUAGGAGUGGGCCUUGGACCAGAGCCGAAUGUCGGAAUCUUCAUCGAAGAGCACAAAAAACGGGCCGACAGCGAUCCGAACGCGCCACCUUUUGACGACUUGAGGAACUACGCAUAUGAAGGAGGUGGCAGCACUGCGGGAUCACUGAGUUCCCUGGCUUCCGGUGAGUUUCAGUUUUAAUCAUCAGAUAAGACCAGGCACCGAUGACGAUACGCAGGACUACGAUUACCUAGGUGCGUGGGGUCCCAGAUUCGACAAGUUGGCAGACAUGUAUGGCCAGGGAGAGGAGACUGAGUUGGAAGAAUAGUGUGUUUGAGUUAAUCGUGAGAGACAUAUUCCUUCACCUCGAAUUGCUUUACACGUACUGAACGUGCCCAAUAAGACUGUCGCAGUUUUACUGCAUAUAUAAAUAAUUUGUAGAAAAAUUUAUAUAUGGGCAAAACUUGUGAUAUCUCUCAUUUCCAAAAUGGCCGAUAUUUCCAACAGUUACCACUGCGUGUACAUUGCGUAGAUUUUAAGGGAAAGAAAACCUGGCGGGAAUCGAACCGUGGUCACAUCAGUCAUCGAGUUUUUCAUUAUUACCAAAGAUUUGAAUCUUAUAUGUAUCGUCCUAAGAUGUAAUAUAGCUAUUUAUUAAGCAACGAAUUUCAUAUUGACUCAAACGUUCGAUUCUUCAUGGCGUAUAUUGGAGAAAAAAGUAUUCUGCCGGCCUCCCAACUUUCAUUUGUCAACCCACUGCCACUAUUUAAUUAAGUAGUACCUAAAGGAUCCUGCAUGUUCAUCAAAAAACUUAAAACUCUGGAGAGAUUCAGCGAGUUUUGCCGUGAUGUUGCAUAAAUUUUAUUUCUGAAGCACAUGAUUACCUAUCCAUUUUCAUGUAAUGUUGAGCCAGUAUUCCUACAGUUUGAUAGUAGGCGAAGUCAUUAAUUUAUAGGUCAAUUUGAAAAUUUAGAUUAGUAAAUUGUGCGUGGGGAGGAUGCAAGUUGGACUGCAUGAGUUUUAAUCAUUACAUAUAUUCUCUGUUAUGGAUUAUUUUUAUUAAGCGAUUCCAUUCAAUACUUAAAGAUUAAAAUACUCAGUGAUGGUUCUCGAGUUUUGAAGAGCAAAUGAAGAGAAAUAAUCCAUUUCAGAGUGAGCGAAUUUUAGAUGUACAUAAAUAUCGUGAUCAUAAAAAUAUCGAGCACCAUAAUGUUGCCAUAUUGAUGAUAAACCCCUUAUUUUGGCGCUCACUCGUUUAGUUGUAGUUUGUAUAAAAAAAAACAUGGAUGAAAUGGGUCUGAGUGAAUGGUUGUGCGCCAGUGCCAAUUAUUAUAACUAAUAUAAAUGUAAUGAAAAUUGAAUGCUGUGUAACUAAUUAAUAUUAUGUGUUUGCACUUGUGUAUUGUUUAAAGAUGUAUACCUUACUAUUCUUAUGAUAUCGCACUAUGUAAACACCACUCAGCGAUCAUUUGUCGAUAUUCAUUCUGUCAAUUCGAAUACUCAUUCUUUUUUAGACUUUAGUUGAGUGAUUUCUAGUGAUUUUAUUGUAAAUUAUUCGAGUUUUGUCAUGAUGAGUUCGUAGAAUAUUUAUGUACUUUUUUGUAAAAGAAAUUAUUUGAGAUUAUAUUGACUUAAAUAAAACUCCUAGAGAUAUUA